ACAACAGCAUGUGAUAGCUCAGGUGUAUAAUGCAAUGUGCACAAUAUCAGUACCUUGUGCUCAAGUCUCUCCUUCACUGGGUGUACAGCUCGUUCACAGGGUGUGGAGAGAGAGAGAGGGAGUAAAAGAGAGAGAGAGAGGGAGAGAGCGCGCGCACGGGUCAUUCUGCCGGAGGAUCGGUCCACAGACAGACAGCGGCGCUGCGUGUCUCUCACAGCCGAUCAGCAGUGCAUGUGUUCGGCACAACAGAUUUCAGUAUUUUCGGACCUAACCCUCAUUCCCACCCGAGCACUGGAGACCCCCGUCUGAGAGGUUUGGAUAUACAGCAGCAUAUUACGAGCGUUGCAAUGUGGAUGAUAAAGUUCGUGUUGAUUUGGACCUGCUGGUUCGGAGUAAGCGCGGACUUCGAUGGCAGGUGGCCCAGGCAGAUGGCCUCUUCCAAUGGGCUGUGUCGAUACGGCGGCCGCAUUGACUGCUGCUGGGGUUGGACGCGUGUUUCCUGGGGCCAGUGCCAGCCUCUCUACGUCUUAACCCGCAGAGUAUUCGGGAUAAGGUGCCAACCCCAAGCGGUUUGUCAGCACGGAUGCAAACAUGGAGAAUGUGUGGGAGCCAACAAAUGCAAGUGUCAUCCAGGUUAUACAGGAAAAACAUGCAACCAAGAAGAGCAGGGCUAUGUUAGCCCCCCAAUAUGGCACAGUCACCCUCCUGUUUUUGUUCCAAUGGACCACCAGCCGCUGGCGGUGCCCUCAGAGGAUCUGAACGAGUGUGGCCUGAAGCCCCGGCCUUGCAAACACAGGUGCAUGAACACGUACGGCAGCUACAAGUGCUACUGCCUCAAUGGAUACAUGCUGCUACCUGACGGGAGCUGUGGAAAUGCCCGGACGUGCGGCAUGGCAAAUUGCCAGUACGGCUGUGAAGUAAUGAAAGGAGAGGUUCGCUGCCAAUGCCCUUCUCCAGGUCUACAGCUUGCUCCAGAUGGCAGGACCUGCGUGGAUGUGGACGAGUGCGCCGCGGGCCUAGCCGUUUGUCCCCGCUUCCGGAAAUGCAUCAACACUUUUGGAAGUUACAUUUGCAAGUGCCAUGACGGCUUUGACCUGCAAUACAUCAACGGGAAAUAUCAGUGCACAGAUGUGAACGAAUGCGCUUCUGUUCAUCUUCAAUGCGGUCCACAUGCCACCUGCUACAACACACCGGGUUCGUACAAGUGCAAGUGUAAAGAUGGCUAUAGAGGCAUGGGCUUCGACUGCAAACCCAUCCCAAAGGUGAUCAUUGACCCUCCACAACCAGGAAAGACCACACCAAGCAAUAACAACAAAGGGGGCAACAAAAUCCCAGACUCGGACCACAAGAGGCCCACCACAACAAGCAGACCACCAGUGACGGCCAAAAGGAUUUCACCUACUAGAGCUCCCCCGAUAAAGAAAGUCACACCUUCCAUUAAAGUCCCGACGACCACAACCUGGAGACCUCUCGUUCCAACCCGUAAACCUCCUGUCCUCGUGACCCCUAAACCAAAGGUCCCUUCUCCACAGACUGCCGCCACCAAAGCCCCAGUGGUCACAGCGGUGGUCCCUUUAAUCCCGACUCGCAGACCCGUCAUACCGGUGGUCCCUUUAAUCCCGACUCGCAGACCCGUCAUACCGGUGGUCCCCUUAAUCCCGACUCGCAGACCCGUCAUACCGGUGGUCACCCCGGUUGACAACAACAUCAAAAACAUCACCCAGAAACAAAGAGGAGAUGUGCACAUACCAAGAAAUCACGACAGGAACAACGUGUUUAGUAUCGAUUUAGACAUUGAACUGGGGAACACAGAAGAAGAGCUGAAGGACGACCCAGACAGCGGACAUCUAAGCUGCUCUUUUGAUCAUGGUCUCUGUGGAUGGAUCCAGCGGCGAGAAGGAGACCUUCACUGGGAGACGACAGAAGAUCCUUCUGGUGGGCGGUACCUGACGAUCUCAGAGGGUGGGGAGAAACGAGGUGGGCGUGGCGCCCAGCUGAUACUCCCCCUGACUCCGCCCUGGAACGAGGGUAACCUGUGCCUGGCAUUUCGUCACAAUAUGGCAGGCCAUCACGUGGGCAUGCUGCAGGUGUUCGUACAGAAAGCCCGGCAACACAGUCCUGCGGUCUGGGGCCGAACGGGAGGAAACGGCUGGAGAUCCACACAGAUCACAAUUUGGGGCAAUGGACUUGAAAGCGUGAUCGUAAAAGGAGAAAGACGGAGAGGUCGUAAGGGUGAAAUAGCUCUGGAUGAUAUGAGUCUCCGAAAAGGUCCCUGUCAGGAGGAACACAACCUGAGGAGACUUUAACCCCAGCCACAGUGACUUUUAACCCCACUUCACGGGACUCUUAAGAAGAGGGACACGCGACAGAUUGGGACGUGCCGUUCGGCUGGUCGCGGUGCGGUUAUGGGCGCACUUCUUUCGGCCAUCAUGGGUUACUUCAAAGUGCAUGUUCCUGUAGCCAAUCAAAGUUGUUCUGUACGUCCAGGUUAAAUUGACGUUAAUUCGUAGGCUAAUUCACAACGAGUUCCUUCUGAAGCCUCCGAUGGGUUUUUUCGAAAAGCUGUAACAUUACUUGUGACAUUUUAUCAGAAAUUACACACUUGUGUCGUCUGAAUUUUGAAGCAUCGCGGUUUUGCACCUGUGGUCCUUAUUUACAGUAGCAUGUUUUGAGAUCACAAUGUUUGUUUGUUUUUAGAAAAAAAAAAACGUAUUGUUUGAAAAACCCAUUAGAGAUUUCAGUGGGAGCUCGUAGCUCAAAAAUGUCAAUUCACCACCGAAUUUUUAGAUGCUAGGUGGCAUAAGAGCUGUCAAUUGGAUAAGAUAUGUAAAGAAAAUGUCUGAAAAUGUACUUUUGUAAAGUUUAAUUUUGUAAAUGUAAAAUGUAGCCAUGCCAUUGUAAACAUUACACAGUCGUACGAAUAUACUGUAAAUGUCUUCUCAUAAAACCUCACUAAUAUCCUAAAACCGCAAGUUAGCGGUUAUCUGCGUGACACAAUUUUUUGCUUCAUUAUUGUUAAUGUAUUCAUACGUGUAUAUAUAAAUAUAUUUCAAAUAUGAUUUGUAGAUGCAUUCAUAUGUGAAUUUAUCGUGUAAGUGAUGCAGGACAAUGUUUACAUUACACAAACCUGACUUAUUAUUUUGUUGACACGUACUGUACAAACCAGUAAAGCAUUUAUUAAUUUCUUAAUGGCUGUAUCAGCCAUUCUGUAUUAUCAUUACGGUUACCCUUUAAAGGACGUUUGUCGAACAGGAAAGGUCUCGGUUUAACAUUCACAAUGAAUCAGACAUUAAAUGAUGUGAACAUAAAAUGUGUUUAAUUGUAUGUUUCCUGUUUAUGUACGGUAAAUAAUCCACCACAAUGAAUGAUCCUCGUUAAUACAUUGAAUAAAUGUAAAUAAUAUGUAAGGUACUUUAUUAAAAAUGAAAAGGUACUUGAUAAUAAACUUUAGUUUUUCGUAUUU